UCGUGUUUUCUAACUAACUUUAUUCGUGUGACGAGCGCGCGCGCAUCUCCCGGGAAAGCGCACAGGAGAUUUCCGCAGGUUUUCACCGCGUCUAGUUGACAAAAUGACACUCAGAUAGAACGAACCGAAUGCGAGGAAGGUGGAUCAGAUCCGCGCAUUCUGAACGCUCAAAGGACACGGUUUGCUUAGUAUCGUAGUUUAAUGAGCACGCGACAGCGAUGACAGAACCUGAAUCCAAGUCAUGGAGCGCGUAACUGUGUUUCCGGAGCAGACGUCCAGUCAGCUCAAGGGUUUGUUUGGCAGAGAUGGGCUCAGUGACCUCAGCUUUCACCAAGUCUCGCAACACUCUGGUCAAAGUGGGUUUGGAGCCGCAGAAAGAGCCGGACGGGAAAGCGCGGAGUGGGUCUCGUGUGAUCGAAAAGCAAACUAGCAAACAACCGCUGGCUCGGAAAACAACCGGCAGCUGCAGAGCAAACACACCGCAAACCCCUACCUCUGCAACAGUGGCUAAUGAGGAUGGUGAGACCAACAGCAGGCCACUGGCGAGAUUUGCACGCUCAAAGUCUCAGAGUGCACUCUGGAACACGCUCACUGCUGGGACGGGCAAGAAGGAGAAGUUCAAAUUUCAGAGGGACAUUCCGGACGAUCCACGCAGAAUAGAAGAGAUCCUGGCGGAUGAGCUUCCCUCUACAGACGUCCCAGAAGCAACCGAGAAAACUGCCGUCAGAUUACGAUGCUUGGUAAAACAGCUGGAGAGGGGAGAGGUGUCUCUCGUAGACCUGAAGAAAAACCUGGAAUAUGCUGCGACUGUUUUGGAAUCAGUCUAUAUUGAGGAAACAAGGCGAUUGGUCGAUACCGAGGAUGAGCUCAGCGACAUCCAAUCAGAUUCUGUGCCGUCAGAGGUCCGUGAUUGGCUGGCCUCCACCUUCACGCGGCAGAUGGGGCUGAUGCUGCGACGGACGGAAGAGAAACCACGAUUUCGUAGCAUCGUACAUGCAGUGCAGGCUGGGAUAUUUGUGGAGAGAAUGUACCGGAGAACCUCUAACAUGGUGGGACUGAGUUACCCUCCGUCUGUCAUAGCUGUGCUUAAGAAUGUGGAUAGGUGGUCUUUCGAUGUGUUUGCUCUGAACGAGUCGAGUGGUGACCACGCUCUCAAAUUCAUCUUUUACGAGCUCCUCACUCGAUACGACCUCAUCAGCCGCUUCAAGAUCCCCGUCUCAGCACUCGUCUCGUUUGUGGAGGCUCUUGAAGUGGGUUACAACAAACAUAAAAACCCCUACCACAACCUGAUACACGCAGCCGACGUCACUCAGACCGUGCACUACCUGCUCCUCAAGACGGGGAUGGUGCACUGGCUGACGGAGUUGGAGAUCUUUGCGAUGCUUUUUGCUGCUGCCAUCCACGACUACGAACACACCGGGACCACAAAUAACUUCCACAUCCAGACCAGGUCGGACACAGCCAUCCUGUAUAACGACCGCUCUGUGCUGGAGAGUCAUCACGUGAGCGCGGCGUAUCGGCUGCUGCAGGACGACGACGAGAUGAACAUCCUGUACAACCUCUCCAAAGAUGACUGGAGAGAGCUCAGGGCGCUCGUGGUGGAGAUGGUUUUGGCCACUGACAUGUCCUGCCACUUUCAGCAGGUCAAAGCCAUGAAGAAUUUCCUCCAGCUGCCCGAGGGAAUUGACAAACCCAAGGCUCUGUCGUUGCUGUUACACACCGCUGACAUCAGUCAUCCAGCCAAGAACUGGGAUCUACACCAUCGCUGGACUACUUCACUGCUGGAAGAGUUUUUCCGACAGGGUGAUAAGGAGGCAGAACUUGGUCUACCUUUCUCACCUCUGUGUGACCGUAAGUCCACUAUGGUGGCUCAGUCCCAGAUUGGUUUCAUUGACUUCAUCGUUGUUCCCACAUUUACGGUUCUGACGGAUAUGACCGAGAAGAUCGUCACGCCGCUCAUCGAAGAGGCCACAAGUUCAGGCCUGGCUAGUUUCCGCAGUAUUAGUGCGGGAGAUGAGAAGCGGGGCAGUGUGAAUAGCUCUGGUUCUGACAGCAGUGGAUCUCAUAACUGCUCGCUGCUCACUGUGGACCUGAAGAACUUCAAGAGCAUCUGGAACGAGGAGGUUUCUCUGAACAGAGAACGGUGGAAGACGCAGGCAGCUAAAGAGACGGAGGAGAAGGCCAAACGGGAGCAGGAGGAACAUCAGGAGGCAAAGGCAGAAAACCAGGAGCACAGGAAAGACCCAGAGCUGUCGGGACCAAAGAAAGAGCAAAGGGUGGGAGAGGACGACCCGAAGCCAGGGGGGUUAAACAAACCCUCUGAAGAAAGUCCCCAUGAGAAAUCAAAGAAAGAAGAGGCGCAUCAAAAAUUACAGAACGGAGAAGUGUCUGAAGAGGCCGAAUCCCCAGCUGAUGAACAUAAGAGAGCACUCAGUGAAACUGCAAAUGCCUAGAGUGACUUCCAUUGGCGUCUUGAUGUCCGAUGUCAGACACAGAGCAGUGAAUUUACCAUCAGGACAGUGCUCAGUUCUGAAGAUCCACGGCGCCCUCUAGAGGAUGCAGCUAAUGCUUACAUCACUUUGUUCUCCUCUAUCCCCUCCAAAGCUGCCAUUAUCUCCAGACUUUCAUAAGACUCUCUCUCUGAAUCUCUCUGAAUGAUGAAGGACAUAAUGGACGAGAUACAACAAGCUGCUUUUGUCUGGUCUGUUUUAUUUAAAGAAGCAGAUUUCAUUUCCUUCCCAAACCUUAGAGUGCAAUGGAUGCAUCCACUAAGAAAAGCAUGCAGCAGCUGAAACGAAGCCAUCGAAUGUUAGGAUUCUUAUUAAAACCUCCAUUUCAAAUGCAGUCUAUGUUUUUCCGCAUUUGAGCAGCCUUGCAGUCAGAUGACUUGGUUGUGUGUAAAGCUCAAACUGUGAUUUCUAUCUAUAUAUAUAUAUAUAAUGUGGCCUGCAUUAAACUGUAAAUAACUAAUCUUAGCAGUAGUAGCACCCGUGAACAAUUUUUUUUUUCUUUUGCGGCCUGCAGCGAUGUUGUGUUCAGCUAUAUUAAAUGCGCUUUACCUGACUCGCGUUUGUUUGCCUCAUCUGCUAAUAGAGGUCGCAUAUAUGAAACCCUGAAUAAGUAUAUGUAUUCCUAUAAUAAAUGACUGUCUGCGUUUAGAUCAGAGCUUUUCUAACUGGAGAAAAGUCGUAUGAAGUGGCAGUAUUUGAGCACGUCUGUGUGCUGCUGUGGAGUAGAAAACCUAAGAUUUGACCUUCUCUCGCUUACCUUCCGAUGCCUUUCUUCAUGUAGUCUUUCUGAAAGCGAACCGAACUGAAACGUCUUCUAUAGGAAACGCUCACACACACAAACUAGCAGUCACCGUAGACGAUGUAAGACUUAUAAUUGACCGUAGUCGUGUGUAAGUCAUAACCAUAUCACUGUGCUCGCUCUGCAAUACCUGCAUAUUACGUCGUAUGUCAUUUUAACCGGUUUCCUGGGGAGUCUGUGACACGUUUUUCUCUGUCCUUUGAGCACGGUGUCUCAAGAUAUCUGAAGAGAGCAUGUCCAGGUCAUGUUUCACCCCAAAAUCAAAUCAUCAAAAAUCAUUUUGCAUGACCGAAAGAACAGGAUUUUUAAAGAAAUGUAGAAUAGAGAAAUAUGAUUACAUUAUAUAAAUGAGCAUAAAUUAAAGGUAAUAAAACAGGGGCAGUAAAUUUUUAUAUAUAUAUAUUUUUUUUGUAAGAAUAUCCCUUAUGCUCACCGGGGUUGCAUUUAUUUGAUGAAUAUUAUUGUAUAUUAUUUGUAAAAUAUUAUUACAAUUUAAAAUAAUGUUUUUCUCUUUUAAUAUGUUUUAAACUGUUAUUUAUUAAUGUGAUGCAAAGCUGAAUUUUCAGCAUCAAUACUCCAGUCUUUAGUGUCACGUGAUCCACCAAAAUAAAACAUAGCUUCUUAUUCUCUUUUUGAUUUCAGGGUUAAAUGUGACCUGUAUAUGUUCUUGACAGCUUUUCAGAGGUUCAUCCAUUAUUAUGUUCAACACUGAGGAACUAGUCUGUUAAUUGAAACAUUUAAAUGUUCUUUUCUUUUCUUUUUUUCGGUCUUUUUUGUUGUAAAUAUGGUUUCUCUGAAUGAGUGAGUCUGAGAUGGGAUGUGUAACUUGAUGAUUUAGUUUUCUGAGGAUGUGACGUGAGUAAAGCUGAGCUUCUGAAUUGUAUUUUAUUUAUACAAAAUCUGUAAAAAUGUUUACGCAUAACUGUAUCUCGUGUAUGUAUAUUAUUUACCAUACUUAUUAAUGUAAAGAAAUUCUCCCCCCUUCCAUAUUUUUACACUGCUUAAUGAAUAGCAUUCUUUAUGCAUAUGCAUGGAGAUGAAGCAAAUUGUAAUUUAUUACAUGGGUCACAUGAUUUGAUUUGCCUUGUGGUUUACAGUAAAGUUUCCUGUAGAUUCAGACUAUUUACUAGAGCUCAUGUGACAGAUGAAUGUGAUGCAUGUGCUGAGAUGAUGCUAAUCCUGUAUGAGUGUGUGUGUGUGUGUGUGUGUGUGUGUGUGUGUGUGUUUGAGCUGAUCAUGUUUAGUUUGUUAAAGUUGACACUUGUGAGCUUUAGGGUCUAUAGCUGUCCCCAUGAUGUCUGUUUUUGAGCAGGACGCAGAGAAAGAGAAAAUCUGCACACGCGUGAUUCACAAUAAACAUCAACUUAAAGGG